GCUCUUCCCAAACAUUUCCGCUCCGCUCAGUCAAAUACCUCGCUCGUCUUCUCAACGAUUCUUCGUACUACGUCAACCAAGUUAUACCCGUUCAAACUCAACUUCAACUCACAAACUACCGCCAAAAUGGUCAAGGCUGUCGCUGUCGUCCGUGGUGACUCGAAGGUCUCCGGCUCGGUCGUCUUCGAGCAGGAGUCUGAAUCCGCCCCUACUACCGUCACUUGGGACAUCACCGGCCAUGACGCCAAUGCCAAGCGUGGCAUGCACAUUCACACCUUUGGUGACAACACCAACGGCUGCACCUCCGCUGGCCCCCACUUCAACCCUCACGGCAAGACCCACGGCGCCCCGGUCGACGAUAACCGUCACGUUGGUGACCUCGGCAACAUCGAGACGGACGGUCAGGGCAACUCCAAGGGCUCCGUGAGCGACAAGCACAUCAAGAUCAUUGGCCCCGAGAGCGUCAUUGGCCGCACUGUCGUUGUCCACGCCGGCACUGAUGACCUUGGCAAGGGUGGUAACGAGGAGUCUCUCAAGACCGGCAACGCCGGCCCGCGCCCUGCCUGCGGUGUCAUCGGCAUCUCGCAGUAAACGACUCUAUAUCAGCUUUCGUCGGGGAGUUUAAGGAGCAAUUCGUAGGAAGAGGGCCUGAGUUUGCUAAAAAAGGAUACAGCAUGCUAGAACCCGUCAGAGGCUCGUGCCGCUUGUGACCUUUUCCAAACUAUCCCGAACGAAACUACAUAGCAAAAAAGAGAGUAACACACUUCCUAAAUGGAAGCUUUAAAAUAUUUCGAUUUGACGCCGUGGUGCUGUAUGAUUCCGGGACUAAAUUGGAGAGUUGAUGACGGAAUAUGCGGGGUAGCUGUGUUGGACAAGCGAGCCCACAGUGCGACAAAGUAAAUGCAUCUCGUGGCAGAUGGCGGACAGCUCAGCAUCGGGUGUACGCAAGUAGUCAGAAAUCUGAGACUUGAAAUGUCAAAUAGUGUUAUUCACUUCC